GCCUUGGACUGAAGAGAUAAAAUCCCUAAGAAGGAUAUAAAGAGGGAGAGAGCCCUUUGGAAAGUUCCACUCAGAUUUGUGCGACACCAAGAUCCAAAAUGAAAGUGCUGUGGAUCUUCGCCUUCUUUGGAGCAGCAGUUGCUGCCACCUUGAAUGAGGAUGAUGAUGACAAGAUUGUUGGAGGAUUUACCUGUCGGCGAAAUUCUGUCCCUUAUCAGGUUUCACUCAAUGUUGGUUACCAUAUCUGUGGUGGUUCCCUUAUCCAUGACCAAUGGGUUCUUUCAGCUGCUCAUUGCUUCCAAUCCCGCCUCAGUGUGAAACUGGGAGCAUACAAUAUCAGGAACCCGGAAGGAGAUGAACAGAUCAUCAAGGCUGAAAAAGUAAUUGUCCAUCCAAAGUACAACUCUUGGCUCUUGGAUCAUGACAUCAUGCUCAUCAAAUUGGAAAAAACGGCUCAACUUUCCAAAAGUGUCGCACCCAUCACCCUCGGCUAUGGAUGUCCAGCUGUUGGCACCUACUGCCUUGUCUCAGGAUGGGGUAAUACCCUCAGUGAAGGUGUAAAUUACCCUGAUUACCUGCAGUGUCUGCAUGCUCCAAUCAUCAGUGAUGAGGCAUGCAAAGCUGCUUAUCCAGGACAAAUUACUGAAAGCAUGGUCUGUGUUGGAUAUCUAGAGGGUGGCAAAGAUUCUUGUCAGGGGGAUUCUGGUGGUCCAGUGGCUUGUGAUGGGUUCCUCCAAGGCAUUGUCUCCUGGGGAGUAGGUUGUGCCCUGCCUGGCUAUCCUGGAGUCUACACCAAAGUCUGCAAAUACGUUGACUGGAUCCAUGACACCAUUGCUGCUAACUGAAGCAGCCACUUUCCUCUUAUUCCAACCUUGUCAUGUGCUUCCCCUUAAUA